AUGUCCAAGUUGAUCACUGUUUUUGGCGCCACCGGCAACCAGGGUGGUUCCGUCAUCGAUUCCAUCCUUGCUGAUCCUCGGCUCUCUAAGGAAUUCAAGAUUCGCGGUAUCACUCGCGACACCACCAAGAAGUCGGCCCAGGACCUGGCUAAGCGGGGUGUCGACGUUGUCUCUGCCGAUUUGGGUUCUGUCGACUCUCUCACUGCUGCUCUCAAGGGCUCCCACACUGUCUUCCUGGUCACUAACUACUGGGAAACCAUGAAUGCCGACAUUGAAUACUCUCAGGGCAGAAAUGUGACCGAUGUUUCCAAGGCCGUGGGUGUUUCCCACCUCAUCUUCUCUUCCCUCCACCAUGUGAAGGAGGAGAGCAAGGGACGUCUCACCCAUGUUCCUCACUUCGACAGCAAGGCCAAUGUAGAGAAGUAUAUCCGUGCAUCAGGCGUCGGAUGCAGCUUUGUGCUUCCCGGAUACUACAUGGGCAACUUCACCCAGAUGCUCACCCGGGCGGAAGAUGGGUCAUACCAGCUCUUCUACCCUGUUGGCAAGCAAGCCAAGUUUCCUCUUUUUGAUGCUGCUCAGGAUACCGGCCUCUUUGUGAAGGCUGUCCUCAAGCACACCGAUCAAUUGAAGAACAAGCAAAUUCUGGCAGCUGCCAAGUACUACACCCCCGAAGAGAUUGUCGAAACCUUCUCUCAGGUUUCUGGCAAGAAGGCUGUUUUCAUUAAAGUCUCUUCAGAGGAGUAUAAGGCCUCUUUGCCUGCCGCUGUUGCUGAUGAGUACAAUGAGAACCAGCUGUUUGUCGAGGAGCCCGGAUAUUAUCUUGGACAGCCUCUCGAGCCCAGCCUGAACCUUCUUGACUCUAAGCCCACUACCUGGGCGGAGUUCGUCAAGAAGAACCUUUCUGCCUGGAAAUAA